AUGAAGUUUUCCACUGCUUUGUCUGUCGCUUUAUUCGCCUUGGCUAAGGUGAUCGUUGCUGACUCUGAAGAAUUCGGCCUGGUGAGUAUCCGUUCGGGUUCAGAUCUACAAUACUUGGGAGUAUACAGUGACAACGGCACUUUGAAGCUCGGCAGUAGUAGUAACUCUUUAGAUGCUACCAUCACCGAUGAUGGUAAGUUGAAAUUUAACGACGACAAGUAUGCUGUUGUCAAUGAAGACGGCUCUUUCAAAGAAGGCUCUGAGAGCGAUGCUGCUAUUGGUUUCUCUAUCAAAGACGGCCAUCUAAACUACAAGAGCUCUUCUGGUUUCUACGCUAUCAAGAAGGAUUCGUCUUAUAUUUUCUCUUCAAAGCAAUCCGACGAUGCUACUGGUAUUGCUAUUAGACCUACCAGCAAUACUGGAUCUGUUGCCCCAGAUUUUACUCCAAAUGACUCUGCUUCCUCUUCCUCUUCCUCUUCCUCUGCUUCCGCACCAUCUUCUACAAAGUCUAUUUCGAGCGCAGAAUCUACCAAGGCUUCUAGCACCGCGCCAGCUUCCUCUACAAGCUCCGCUGUUGCUUCUGUUAUCUCUCAAAUUACUGAUGGUCAGGUCCAAGCUCCGAACACCGUUUAUGAACAAACAGAAAACGGCGGUGCCAAGGCCACUGUUGGAAUGGGUGCUGGUGCUCUAGCAGCAGCAGCCGCUUUCUUGUUGUAA